CGUGAAACAGGCCUCUUUAGAUAUUAGAGAGUCUGGAACCAAUACCUUCCGAAAUGGAUUUCAUCUCCGAUGACGGCUAUGCUAGAGACAUGGACUCCACCGACCACUCUCGGCAAUCAGUUCCCCGACCAUCUGCCUUAACAACAGCGCUGCCGUUGCACCCGAAGCGACAUCAUCACCACCACCAUGCUCUGCCUAUCCCGCAUCGCAGCAGUCGGCGGCCACAUCAUCGACACCAUCGCAACCACUCGUUGUUAGACUACAAAUCCCACACGGCACAUCGCCCUAGUCACGGCCGGAGCCGCAGUUGGGACCCGGUGUUCGAUACAGAUCGGAACGGGCAGAUGCGGGAUCCCAACAAGGGCGUCGCCGUUUCUGCGAUGCCUCGAGCGAUGCAGCCGCAGAUUGCUCGGAAAGAGGAUGUGGAGGCGGAAAAGCAGCGGAAUGCCAUUCGGGAAGAGGAACUCUACGAGUCCUAUCAAACCCUUAUGGACACUUCUCUAGACGCGAUUCAAGAACUCGACAGCAUCCACUAUUCCAUCCUCGAAAAGUUCUCCACGAUCCAGUCGACAAUGGGCUCCAUCCAGGAACUCGUCUCUAUGAAGGUCCAAUUACAUCAUGAGUUCGACAUCGACUCAAACGCGUUGCAAGAGGAGAUCAACACUCAAGCCGAGAAUCUCGGGGACUUCCAACAGCAAAGGAAAGAUAUUACCGAGUUAUCGGGUCGUCUCGACAGCAGUAAACGGAAAGCGGACAGUUUAAAGCAGCGCCUGUACCAGACCAAGCGCCGCAUCGAGAGACGCGAGCAAAGUGAGGUUCAGUGGCAGGCCAACGUAAGCAGACGUCUGAAGAUCUUCUGGGGGAGUCUAGGUGCGAUCGUCGCCAUCAUGUUGGCCCUGUCGCUCGCCCGUUACAUUUGGCCUCCAGAUCACGAUUACGCCUCGCGCGUGGGGGUAAACGUCUCUGCCCUGAACGGCUCAGACGAAGCGGUCACAUCCUUCAUCCUUGACGGUGUCGGGCAUUCGAUCGGAUCGCCUAAGAAAUCACCCGCGAGCAUCACGGGGAAACGUUGCUCGGCCUUGGAAAUGUUUGACGAAUUAUGAUGGGAUGGAAUACUUUCGAAUCGGCUCUGUAACUCUACUG